AUGAGAGGUGUUGCUUGGAACUGUAGAGGGUUGGGGCAGACCUCUACAGUUCAGGAGUUGAAGUCCCUGCUCAGAUCGCGCUCUCCGGAUUUUGUGUUUUUGACUGAGCUCAAGGUGGAUGCCAAUCCCCUGGUACGUAUUCUGAAAGCUUUUCAUUUUUAUUUUCAUAUCUCUGUGCCGCCCAUUGGCAAUGCGGGGGGAAUAAUUUUAGCGUGGAAGGUUGGGUUUUGCUUUGAAUGUAUAGCUUGCUCUCGUAAUCAUAUUUCGGGCAUAGUCUAUUCGGACCCCCCUACCCACCCUUGGCUUCUCUCGUGUGUGUAUGGUCCUCCCUACAACCAUGCAAAGAAGCAUUUUUGGAGCGACAUCAUGGCGUUAGGGGAUAGAUUUGGAGGUCCUUGGUUGAUAUUUGGUGAUACCAAUUUUGUCCUUAAUCCCUCCGAGAGGGAGGGGUCGUUGGGUCGAGACCCCUUUAUCCCUUUCAUAUCAAACCUGGUAGAGUCUCGGGGCCUAAUCAAUAUGCAUAUUAAAGGAGACAUGAUGACCUGGGACAAUCACCGGUCGGGUCAGGGCCAUGUGAAGUCGGCCUUGGAUAAAGGCAUUAUGAAUGAAGCUUGGCUUCAUCUUUUCCCUAAAGCCAUUCUCUGCUCGAUCCAGACAAGUACGUCUGAUCAUAGACCGCUUUGUCUCGAUUCGGUUGGGACUGUGCCCAAGUUUAAAAAGUGCUUCAAGUUUGAGGAAAGUUGGACAAGGGAUGAAAGAAGUAAUCUGGUUGUGGCUACCGCUUGGGAUUCUGUGCGCCAUUUCUGGGCUCCUGCCCGAGUGUUUAAAAAGAUAGGAGCUACAAGAGUGGCGCUCCUUCAGUGGAAGAGAACGCAAUUUGGGAAAAUUGAUGAGGUAAUCAAAGAUUUGGAGGUUAAACUUGAUGAAAUUCAGAUGUUGCCUGCUGGUUCUAGAGAUUGGAAUUUAGAAUGUGAAAUUAGACGGAGCCUAAAUGAAGCAAGAACCAGGAAAGCUGUUUACUGGAAACAAAGGGCGAGAAUUGAUUGGAUUAAGGAUGGAGACAAAUGCUCCAAAUUUUUCUUUCUCUCGGCUGCUAUUAGAGGAAGAAGAAAUGCCAUAGACUGCAUUUUGAACAAACAUAAUGUUUGGUUAAAUGAGAGGAAAUCAAUUGGUCAGGAGUUCUUGGAAUUUUUUAAGGAUAUCUUCUCUGCAUCUAACAUUAAUAGGCCUCUGAAUUGUGGCUACUUAUUUAGGGAAAGGAUUUCUCAUGAGGACCAGGUUGGGAUGGUCAAGGCCCCCUCCCGGGAAGAAAUAAGACGUACUCUCUUUGCCAUGAGCAAUCAUAAAGCCCCUGGGCCUGAUGGGAUGUCUGUUUUAUUUUUCAAACACUACUGGGAGUCAGUAGGGAGUGACUUCUGUGAUGCUGUCGGCGAUUUCUUUGAAUCGGGUAGGAUGCACAAGGGUGUGAAUUCCACGAAUGUUGUGCUGAUACCAAAGGUGCAAAACCCGACGAGACCAAAUCAUUUUAGACCCAUUUCUCUCUGCAAUGUGAUAUAUAAGGUCAUCUCUAAAAUCAUUGCAAAUAGAAUCAAGCCUAUUCUCCCCUCGCUCAUCUGCCCAACUCAAGCUGCAUUUGUUCCAGGAAGGAAUAUCCAAGAUAAUAAUGUGUUGGUGCAAGAGAUCAUCCAUUCUUUCAAUAAGAAGAGAGGAAAAGAAGGUUUCUUUGCUAUCAAGAUAGACCUAGUCAAAGCUUAUGAUAGGCUUAGUUGGAACUUUAUUGACCAUGUUCUUGGCUGUUUCGGAUUCCCCCAAGAAGUUUGUAGCUGGGUCGCUCAGUGUAUCACCACUGCCUCCCUCAAUAUUUGUCUCAAUGGAGGACCGGUAGGUAAGAUCGUGCCCUCGUGCGGUAUUCGCCAGGGUGACCCGUUAUCCCCCUACCUCUUCAUCUGUGCAGCGGAAGUGCUCUCCAGACUUUUAGAUGAGGCGAUUGAGAAGGGGGUUAUUCACGGGAUUAAGCUAAGUAGGGGGGGCCCGGUCUUAUCCCAUGUUUUCUUUGCUGAUGACCUCAUUUUGGUGGGCCGGGCUAACAUAAAUGAAGCUAAAUCCUUUUGGGAUUGUCUGGAUAAGUUUUGUUCGUGGUCUGGGCAGAAGGUCAACAAACUCAAGACUUCAAUAUUCUUUAGUAAAAAUACCCCGAAUGGUAUGAGGAGAGGAAUUAAGGAAGCUUUGGGCAUCGGCGCUCCUGAGGGGGUUGUAAAGUAUCUGGGUUUGCCUCUUUUCAGAUCUAGGCAAAAAGAUGCUGACUUUAACUUCAUUCUUGACAACCUCACAUCCAAGCUUCAGGGGUGGAAGGCUAAAACUUUAUCGAAAGCUGGAAGGGCUACCCUAAUCAAAUCGGUGGGUCUGGCCAUGCCUAUCUACGCCAUGCAAACCACCAAGUUGUCUAAUCGGAUUGUGAAUAGGAUUGAUGGUUUGGUCCGUGAUUUCUGGUGGGGAUUUGAGAAAGGGAACCAUGGUCUUUAUCUCAAGGCUUGGGACAAGCUGUGCCUCCCAAAAUCUUUAGGGGGACUGGGAUUUCGGAAAACCAAAGAAAUGAACCUUGCUUUUCUGGCUAAGUGGGGUUGGAAUUUACUGACAGGGAGCCAGUCCUUAUGUUGCAAGAUCCUCAAAGCCAAAUACCUAAGGGGUAAGGACUUUCUCCACUGCAAGUACAAAGACUCUGAUUCCUGGUUCUGGAAAAAUGUUGUUAAAGCUAGUGAUAUCAUCCGGAAAGGGGCCUGCAAGAGAGUGGCUGAUGGAAGAGAUACUAGCAUAUGGAGGGACCCGUGGAUCCCUCACUUGAAAGGUUUCGUCCCGAAACCAAAUGGAAGUGUUGCUAUGGAUAAUAACUGUGUCGCUGAUCUACUUUUGCCUACGGGAGGGUGGGACAUUUCUAAGCUAAAAAGUCUGUUCGAUCAGGAGACGGUUUUAGCAAUUCAGAAAAAUGGAAUUCCCCCUGGAUCGGGAAAGGAUAGUUGGUUGUGGACCUUGGAAAGUAAUGGGCGUUUCUCGAGUAAAUCGGCUUAUCUGUCCCAGGCUUUGGAAAGAGCUCCCCAGUGUAAUGUUGCUCCUGCUCUUUGGAAUAAACUUUGGAAUAGUAACAUUAUGGAGCGUCAUAAGGUUCUUUGGUGGUGCAUCCUUUCCCAAGCUCUCCCUAUUCGGGCAGUGAUUAGAAGAAGAUUUCAGAUUGAUGAUUCCAGUUGUCCGAUGUGUGGUAUGGGUGAGGAAACCAUGGAGCAUUUGUUCCUUACUUGCGAUGUAGCGAUGCACUUAUGGCGUUCUUCUCCGUGGGGGAUCUUCCCUGUUUGUGAUAAUGGCAUUCGGGUUUGGGAUUGGGUGAAGUUCAUUUGGAGCCUUAAUGGGCGAGGUAUCCGAGUAGAGGAUGUUUUUCUUUAUGCCUCGAUUGUGGUGGACAAUAUAUGGAGGAUGCGCAACGACGUGAUACAUAAUAACUGUACUCCUAAUGUUCUAAAAUGUAUUGACCAUAUUUGUUCUUCUUUUGCAGAGGCACAUACUUCUCUCUUGCCUAGUCCUUCGCCGCCUGUGAAGGAUAGCUGGACGCCUCCACCUCUGGACUGGAUAAAGUUAAAUUGUGAUGUUCGCGUGGGUUUGGAGAGUAUGUGCACAGCUGUUGUGGCCAGAAAUCAUCUAGGAAGGGUGGUUUCUAUUCACACGUCCCGAUUGGAGUUCUCGGAAGCUCUGUGUGGAGAAGCGGCGGCCUGUUGCUUGGCGGUGUCGGUUGCCUUAGAUUUGAAUCGGGUCUACAAGGCUCGAUAUUACUCUCAUGGGUCGUUUUUGACUGCUUCUCUUGGUCCGAAUCCUAGUUUUAUUUGGAAAAGCAUCUUCGAAACACAAGAGCUGAUCAAGAAGGGCGCUCGACGGGUUGUUGGUCCUGGUACAAGUAUUAGUGUUCAGUCUGAUCCGUGGUUAGAAGAUACUUCUCAUCCGUGGGUCACUACUAUCGCUAAUGGUAUGGAGCAGUGGAAGGUUAACAAUCUCAUGGUGCCAGGAGAAAGAUGUUGGGAUUUGGAAGUGAUCUCCGAUAUUUUCAAUGAUCGGGAUAAGGAGUUAAUUUUGAAGACCAACAUUGUUCAGGAGUCUACAAUUGAUACAUGGUAUUGGUCUCUGGAUCUGCAUGGUGUUUACACUGUAAGGGAGGCCUAUCGCUUGCUACAUCAGGCUGAUGUCACUAACAUUAGUGACUUUGAGAUGAAAAUUUGGAAGAUCGCUUGGAAGCUUCAAGUCCCCCCGAAAGUUCACCAACUUAUGUGGCGUGCUUUGACAGGCUGUUUGGCUACUAAAGUUCAACUUAAUACCAAGCACAUUCCUCUGGAUCAACUAUGUCCCAUGUGUCACCAAUCGUCUGAGACGAUCAUCCAUUUAUUGGUUCUGUGUCCCUUUGCAAGAUCAUGUUGGCAGAGGUCGAGUUUAAAUAUGGUCUCAGUGUCUUGA